AUGGUUGUAGCUGCGCCUGUGUGGCCACCAACAUCACAGCAGCAGCAACAACAACAGCAGCAGCAGCAGCAGCAGCAACAGCAACAACAGCCCAUGUGCCCGGAAGGCACGACGGUGCAUUACUCGGCAUCGCUUGCCCACCCAGAACACAACUUGUUUGCUGACGACGACGCCGGUAGUGGCGCCGACGAUGAUGGUGAUGACGCCGCUGGCAAUGACGACGACGACGAAAACAAUAACAGGAAGAUUGGUGGCAAUGGAGACAAUGACGACCACCACCAGCGACAACAAAAACAACAGCACCAGCACCAGCACCAUCACCAUCAAGGACGCGCAAACGUGCAUCGACCGCAACGACAUGCGCAUUGCGUGUGUGCCUUGGGCAUGGUGUGCCGCGGCUCCCUGUGCUCCUCUGCACACGAGCACUGCACGGAAACAGAGGAUGAGGAAGGCAAUCCCGACUCCGUCUGUACCCUCGUCCAUGGCUACCUGGCAGGCUGCGAUGACUGCGCCUGCGUGCCGGAGACUUCCAUUGCCUUCAAGAAACCGCAACAAGUCUUUCUGGCCAUGGUCAACAGGGGAAACUCCUUGUCCUUCAACUUUGCCAUCGAAGGAGACGUUUCUCGGCCACACGUCACCAUUUGGCAGCCGCCACAGGACAGCUCCGAGGCGGCACAUGACGGGCAACACCAACAACACGACGACACAAGCAAUGGCGAGGAAACAUCCCAUGCCGCAUCUUCCACACAUGCACGGGAAAUGACGGUCGCAUUCCACACAACAGCCACGACGCCACACGACGGCAACGACAACGCGGCUGUCGGAGCCAAGGAGAGAAACGACGAAGCGGGAGAGGAGCACCGCUACCUGCCGUCCGCUGGUGCCGUUGAGCUCGUGGCACGCCAGCGCCCGAGCACAAGUGAGAAGACCCUGCACAUCAGCUUCUGGAUUGCCGUCUUGCACAACGUGGAGGGUAAGCGCCUGUGCUACCGCGCGUGGAACGGCGACGUUCACACCGCAACUGCAUGCGUGCACGUGCCAACACGCGGCUUUCCAGCACCAUCAUCAUCACCAUCAUCAUCAGCAUCGUCCGCGGCUGUUGCGACGAUUGGGGUGGUGGGCGACAUUGGCAUGUCGUACUCUGCACCUUUUGUGAUGCAGGCGCUCAAGCACGACCACACGCUGGACAUGCUGGUGCACCCUGGCGAUGUGAGCUACGCCUUCAAGGUGGAGGACAUGAACCUGUACCUGUCGCGGCUGCAGGGCCUGGUCAACCACAUCCCGUAUCAGGUGUGCUUGGGCAACCACGAGGCCAACAACGCGCGCGUGCUCAGCGCGUUUACAGAGCGCUUCCCAACGGACCUGCUGGGCGCCGCGAGCGGGUCCGACUCUGGCCACUGGUUCAGCUUUGACGCAUACGGCGUGCACUUUGCGGUGCUCGACUCACAGGCCGACCUCUCGCCGCACAGCGCACAGCGGGUGUGGGCGCAGCAGGAUUUGAAGUUGGCGGCAGAUGUGAAGCGGCUCGCACGCCAACGCGCAGCCGCAACCGCUACUGGAAGUGAUGGUGGUGGUGAUGUGCGGUGGAUUGCGGUUGUGCUGCACUACCCGUUGUACUCCACGCACCGGCGGGUGAAGAGCGAGGAGCGGCGGGACAAGCUGAAGCAGAUGCACGACCUGCGGGUGGCGCUGGAGCCCUUGCUGCGCGACUAUGGUGUCGAUGUUGUGUUCGCAGGCCACGACCACGUGUACGAGCGCACCUACCCGGUCCUCAACGCAACCCGUGUCGGUGGUGAUGAUGGUGAUGAUGGUGAUGAUGGUGGCGAUGGCGGUGAUGGCGGUGAUGAUCUUGUGCGAGCGCAUGCGCCGGUUCACAUUGUUGUGGGCACAGGCGGCCACAACAUUUAUGAGAGCUGGUACAACCUGCCCGACUACGAUGCCAAGCGGUAUGCGUUGCCUGGCUAUGGCCGCCUGCUUGUGAAUGCAAACAGCACGCUGACGUGGCAGUUUUGGGAGGUUGACAUCUCCCCCUGUGUGCGGGCGGACUACGGCGGCGACAAGCUCUGCCCUUCGCGUACCCUGCAGCAGAAACAUGGAAACUUUGACCCGCCGGUUGUUCUGCGCGACCAAGUGCUGAUUGGCUGA